AUGCUUCGAGACUUCGCGGUCGAGGCGGGCUUCACGGUGAAGGUGGAGGACUCUACGCUGUUCACACAGUUGGAGGCGGCUCGAGCGAGACUGCAGGGACAGCCGGUGGUGGGAGAGGGGACACGGGCUGGGGGGCCGCUGGAGCAGAGGGGCGAGGUGGGACAACCGGGUAGUGGGGGACAGUGGGGACAGCAUCAGCUGCGGGGUCGGGUGGCGAGAGGAGCAGGUGGGCAGAGGGGACAGGAGGGGGGGCAGACAGGCUGGGACGGGGAGGGGGGACAGCAGAGGCAGCAGCAGGGGAGCCAGCGGAGACCGCAGGCCCAGGGCGCCGCGCCGCCGGGUUUGGGCUCGGGGGUGGGGCAGGGGCGGGAGCAGCAAGGAGCCGACGGAGCGAUGUUGAAGCGGAAGCGAGCCGCUCUCGUUAUAGACCCUGAGGACCUAUCCGACAGUGGAUCUGAGUCCGAUUCGGUACAAGGCGACACGUCAGACGAGGCUUUUCGCUCACAUGGCGAUGACGCGGCGAGCGGCGCGUCAUCUCGCGAUCCUUUCUCGCAGGAGCCUCGGCGAAGGAAGUACGACAACAUUGACGUUUCGCGGGAUGUUGACGGCCGUGCGAAAGCAGAUAGCGUUGUACGUUUCCAGGAAACUGGCGGUCAAUCGAACGUCGUCGUCAGGUCUGACGUGGACUCCAACGAUAGGACGAUAAACGAUGGAGCGGUUAGUGCGAAUAAUGUGACUGAACCGAUUGAGCCGAUCAAUGAACAAGAAAGGCCGGUAUUGGCGGUUCAGUCAGCAGGAGGAGAAGACGCCACGUCGCCACAGGCGGAAAUGGACGACUUUGAUGCGAUCGCGGCGGACAUCCCUUGCGACACGCUUGCAGCCAUCCACUUCCUCCGUGCCUCUUUCCCCCCAUCACUCUCCAAGGUCGCCUCCUCCCUCCCUCCCUUCGCCCUGCUCUCCCAAAUCUACACCGUGGUACCGCACCGAACCACUGUGGACCGACAGCUCGAGAUGCUUCAGAGGAGUGGGUCAGUGCGCGUGAUCCGCCUCAUGUCAUCUCGAACCGACAUUGCUGUGCUGCUGUCUCAGGACUAUGACCAAGUGGUUGAGGGUGCCAAACAACAGUUUCUUCGGCGCAUGGCCUGUAAUGCUGGAGAUCUUCCUCUUCUUGCAUGGAAGGGUGCUGCUUGCAGCGGCAGAGAUGAUAGCAGCGGUCAUGGUACCAAGUCCAGAAACAGGCAGGAGAACAGCAGGCGCAAGUGCGGUAGAAUUGGAACUGAGAGCAGCCAGGUGGCAGUGUUUGAUUGGUUCAAAGACCGGGUGCUUCCACAGUGUACGGAUCAUGGCAUAUCACGGCAGCAGCUGGAACGACUUCUAUCGAAUGCUGGCAAGUCAUGUGUCGCGGACAGACAUAUCUGCAUUCUUGUGCAAGCAGGGCUGCUGGUGGCACAGGUGGCACACAUCGAUUCAUAUUGGUUCUCGCUUCCUAACAUCGGCUCAUUCACCCAGCAUCUCACUAAG